AUGAUCGAGCCUCCUGCUCAGGUCAUUCCCGCGCGCCGAGGAGCUGCAACUCUCAUCCGUCGCGGCCAACGCAUCAAAGUCAUCAACACGUCCGGUACACAGGUCGUCGACACAUGGGCCUUCGCCCUCCAUACCGCCGCCACCGCCUCUUCUGGCUCCCCGCCGGACGCCCCCCUCUUCCCUGCAGCCACCGCUUCCUCACUCACUUCAUACAGCUCCCCGGCCAAUUUCGCCGCCAGCGUGCCUGAGUACACAUCCAUGAGCCACACGCGCGCCAGCCUCGGCAAGACACAUCCGGCAGUCGGCGAUGCGCUGUACAGCCAGAAGCGCGCCCCCAUCAUGACCAUCGUCGAGGACACAUCACCGGGCGUUCACGAUACGCUCAUUGCGGCGUGCGACCGGUGGCGCUACGCCGAGCUCGGCAUCGAAGGGUAUCAUGAGUCUUGCACCGACAACUUCUGGGAUGCGCUAGAUGCACUCCUAUCUGCAUCAUCCUCAUCGGCCGAGGCUGGUGGUGGGCUGGGUCCGAGCCUGAGCCCAGAGCAAAGGGAAGGGUUGAGGCAGCUACAGGCGAGGCUGGGGGGAAGGGUCCCGGACCCAUUCAACCUGUUCAUGAAUAUCCCGACGGCAGGGACCGCGUAUGUGAAGGACUUGAGCUUCGAGCACCCCGUGACGAAGCCGGGGGAUUACGUCGUGCUUAGGGCGGAGAGAGAUGCGGUAGUUGUCAUGAGCGCAUGUCCACAGGAGGUGCUGGAUAUUAAUGGAAGAAGGCCGAGCGAUGCGCACUUUCAGGUGUUGGAUGAGUAA